AUGGGGGUCAUAAGAAGGCCACUGUAUUAUAGCACCAUCAGACUGAAUUUACCUUUGGUCAGUAUUACAGACAUGAACAUUUACUGGAAGGGACGGAAGCAAAGACAACUUCUUGAGGAACAAGUGAUUGAACUUCUGAAGGAACAGAAGAGACUGAAUUUCUGGCCAUCACCGAAAUUCCAAAGAUCUGAUACAACUGACACAAACACUACUACCAUAUUUCAACAGCGGAAGAUCAUGAACUUUGAAGAAUUAGAGGAAGUUAUUGAACUUCUGAUGGAAUACACAGCCACACAAAAUAUCCCAAGCACUGAAAGAGAUACAAAACACUGUUUAAGAAAUGCGGGUCCGCUCCCCUCGCCAGCACAGGACCAGCAGUCCCAUGGCUGGCUCGGGGGCGGUCUGUGGCGGCGCCCCAUGAAUAGAGAUGCUCUGAGUGGAAUUAUUUUUAGAAAUGGAGCUGUGCGACAACUUCAUGAACGAAACGUUGCCGGGCGUACGACGUCUAUGGUAGUUUGCCAAAACUUGAAAACCCUUAGUUCUUGGUACCACGUGAGUUCUUUCGGAACAGACGGGAUUCAGAUCAUGGGCGGGUCAAAAACGAGCGAAGAGAAGGGUAGGUGCGCCUCGUGUGGGAAUGAAGCAGAGACACGGUGUACGGGAUGCAGGAACGUCUUCUACUGUGGGAGAGAGUGCCAGAAGAAAGGGUGGUCGCAACACAAGGAUAGCUGCAGGCCCUUCGCCGUGAGCAAGAAGAAAGAUGUUGGGCGUUUCCUCGUGGCGUCAAGAGACCUCGCUGUGGAUGACGUCAUUCUGUGUGAAGCCCCCCUCGUCAUGGGGCCAAAACAGAUGACUGAGCCUGUCUGUCUGGGAUGCUACAAACACAUCACCAGCAAGUACAG